CUCACUUCCUUCUCCCCUGUGGUUAUGGAGUUUUUAACUUUUUAAUUUCUGGAAGUCUCGGAGCUACAGGUCGCCACCAUGGGCCUUUUGGACAAGCUAUGGGAUGACACCCUUGCCGGUCCUCUGCCGGAUAACGGCCUAGGAAAACUCCGGAAAAACUCUACCUUCAGUUUCCGGCCAAACCUCGGCAAGGAAGCUGAUGGCGGAAACGGUAGAUCCUACGGUGAUGAGUCAACUGACGAGGCGAUGAGGGUUACCCGCAGUAUCACGAUUAUAAAACCUCCUGGAAACUUGACCAUUGGGAACGGAUCGCCACCUGUUUCACCAGCCGGAUCUACUCCUCCGGUAUCUCCGUUUUCCGGUAGCUGGGAGUCGAACCGGUUUCGGCGGAGAUCGAUGUCUGACGCGUACGAGAGGCGGAGGGAAACUGGAGCGAGGAGUAGUGAUGUGUGAGUGUGAGAUGUGAUCGAUGUACUAGGGUAUUCAGUAACGACAGAAGCUACUGCUUUUAUGUGUUGGUGUUGCAAUGAAGGAGAAAUCAGCUAAGCGAUCGAGUUACGAUUAGUAGGUUAUGUAUUACUUACGGAAACUGUGUGUAGGCUUGUAUUAUAUGCACGGCGGUCAGUCGGUCCUCGGUCGAUCGUGUAUAUAAUUUGCAUUUGUAUCGUGUCGUGUGCCGGGUUGUUGCCCUUUUUUUAAGUUUGUUCUUAGUGUACUCAUCACCGUGUACUGCUCUCUGCUAGUUAAUUAAAAGUGAAGAAGAAGAAGAAGAAGAAGAAGAAGAGGGGAUCUGGUCUGGUUGUUUUUUUUUUUUUUUUUUUUUUCUGUGUGUGUGUGUCUGUAGAGUUGAAUUCACGGAAUGAGAACUGUUUGUCAGUUUUUCUUAUU